AUGAGUAGCAGCGGCGGCUUUUACAAGUACCGAUGCAAGAAUUUCUACUCACACAAUUGCCCAAACUGGGUGUGGGUGAACAAUUCGCCAUGUGCCACCUGCAUUGUAAAUGCCAAUGAACGAUCACAAUCGUCAUCGAUGACGUCUCGAGAAACUGCCACACCUCGUGUCCGAGACGGCAUUCUCCAAUAUACAAUUGCAGAAUUUGUUGCACCAAGUGCCGCCGGAGAGAGCUGGACUCUCGACGACAAAUUCAACGGCAUUGUCGAUGAUGCUGAGCCACCGGAGGCGCUACCAGCGAUGGGAAAUGACAUGCCAUUUUCGCAUCGCCCGAAAGCCCUCUGGCAGUUGCUCUAGUGGUAACACAUGCAUUUGAUUCUGGUAAGAAAAGAGGCUCCAUGAUGUCCAGGCCCGCUUUUUAUUUUGUUUCAAGGGCUGACGAUGGAGCAGGGGUCACUUCAGAUCUCUGAAGCAGCUCUAUCAGAUGCUGAAAGACAUGUAGGUAGGAGAUGCAGACAUGGCCUGUUCCAGACUCUCCUCCAUGACAAGCAUCAUGGACUCACGGAGUCUAAAAUGGCUGCUCUCACACAUUCGUUUGGAAAGGGACAUGGUAAGGAUUUGGGCUAGGCUAGGUUCAACGGUUGAGACAAAAUUCGGCGUUGGUUCAAAAGAGAAGGAGAAGCGGAUGAGAAGACGAAGAAGAAGAAAACGG